GACCUAGAACAGCGCCCUGAGGAACCCCUCUAGACGCCCCCCUCCACCACUUCACCGCCAGACACUCCGUCGCCGUCUCAGAGGUGCCACGCUGUCUGGGCCCACACUAACAUGGCCGACCCCGCCAUAAUCACUAGUUUUGCCGCGUAAUUGUGUACCUUGCCACUAAUCACCGAUGACUCACCUGCCACGAUCUCGAGCUGUGCGAUUGUGGAUUUUGUUGUGAUUUGUGAUUAUUUAAAGUGUUUACUGUGAGGAAGGAAUUUGAGAUGCAGUUACUUCCGAGGCACAUCUUUCUUCCCCUGACCGUCUACUUCGCUGUCCACUGUGUGGCUGAAGACCCUGACCACACCGGCCUGGUCGCGUCCCCUGCUCUCCUCUUGGGUCCUGACAUGCCACUGACUCUCCCACUCAAGUUCUGGGCCAACUCCCGCAGGUCGGCGCUCAAGCCUAGACGCCGGGAUCUUCACGAGCCCACCCUCCUCACGCUUCUCGGCCAGGACUACGACCCACGGUGGAUGCGCACCGCCAGGCAUAAUGCCAAUAGUGACUCAGAGGAUGAACCAGAGAGGAAGACAGUUCGCGCACUGCGAGCACUCCUCAACAACUCCACCUCAGGAAAGGCAGAUCAGCUGCAACUCCCCGAGGGGCUGCCACCAGAGUACCGAGAGCUGGUCAAGUCAUGGCUCGUCCGCAGAGCCACAUGUCCAAUCCGCUUCGUUUGGAACGACCUAGGGCCGUACUUCUGGCCGAGGUGGUUGAGAAGAGGAGAGUGUGUUGAGGAGGCUACCUGUAGCUGGCCCCCGGGAAUGGGGUGUGUUCCUGGGGGAGCGAGGAACCUAAACGUGCUUAGGUGGCAUUGCAGGCUCAGAAAGAACAUGCACGGAAAGAAGAAGAAGAGUGAGAACAAUGUGUGGACUCCAGCGACUACGGAACAUCAGAGGUCUCAGGAAUCUAUGAACAAAAGGAAGAAAAGGAAGAAAUAUCGCUGUCUUUGGAUCAAAGUCCCGUAUCCCGUACCCGAGGACUGUGUAUGUGCUUGCUCUUGAACUUGAUGACGUCACAGCGGGAGUAGGCUCUCCCAUGAUGUCACUACGAGUUGGAGUAGCUACUCCUCAACGCUUAUCUGCCAAUUGACUGUGCCAAAAAACGUUGAGACCAGGCUUGUGGAUAUCCAAGUAUUACAGUUAUGUGUUUUAUUUAUACGAACUGUAUUUUCGUUGUUUGUUACAGAUUAUUAAUUGGUUAUUGCACAUUUUAUCGCAUGUUAUGUUUUUAAUAUUCAGAAAAAACACGCAUGCAAAACGUAUUCUUAAAAUAAUUAAGACGAUUGAAUCAGAUUCUUCAAUUGUUUAAGGUUUCAGCUCAUAUGCAUAUCUAAUACGUACGAUUACGAUGUCAAACAUUUUAUACGUAAAAUAUAAAAAAUAUAUAUGCUUUUACAAUUUACAAAUCCGGGAAUUUAACAUUAGUUGCAAAAUACACUAUUAAGCUUCACUUGCUUCAAGCGCUGAAUUUUGCUAUAUUUUUAUGUAAAUAAUUCAACAAUGUGUGAGAGAUAAGUUUGUGGCUGCACCAAACAUAAAAAACCUCUAUUUCAACUGUAGAAUUAUUGCGCGUUGCAUAUUUAUGUAAUGUUUAGCUUAAUGUUAUUGGCUCUUGGUUUCCAGCCAAAACACUAUAUUUUAUUGUUUACUGCAAACCUUGUAAACUGUAUGUAUUCUUUGAUAUAAUGAUUAUUAAUUUAACAUCGUUUGGUACAUUGUUAAAAAGUUAAUCGACAAAAAAUGACUUAUACAGUAAUAGAUAAUAGAUUAAAUUUAAUUAACUGAAAAUCCUUUUAAACCACGAUUUAUUUCCUGACGUGUUGAUCCUCAAUGUAACCUUACUUUAUGAAUAAACAAUUUUUUAAUUCAUCAUUUAUAUCUAAAGGUGAUGAAAAUGAAUGAGCUCUUG